AUGUGCCAGCACUCAGCUAUGCAGGAAAGUGAUUGGUGGAAUGGUAUGGAACACUGAGUUGAGAAGAUCUGUGUCUACUGAACAUCUGGAGACCAAAAGCCUUCCAUCUCGCUCCCCUCCAAUUACUCCAAACUGGUAACAAUAUGCUUUGUCUAUUAUAUUUGAUUAAUUUGAAGUUUAUCACCGAAUGUUAUACAUGUAAUCUGCAUUUGUCAUGUCUACCGUAAAUUGGUGCCACUCAAUAUAAAAUUAAUUUUCAUCUGUACAUUGUGGUAGCAAGUGUUAAAAUGAACGAUUCAUUAAUAUUUCAAUGUGUUCACCUUCAAAGAUUUCCUAUGCUUCCAAGUGGUAAUUGGACAUACCAUGAUUUUUAGCUUGCACCCACAAGCUGGCAAUUAUGGGAUGCCAGCUCCAUCCUCCUCACACUAUAAAUUGUACCUAUUGGAUCAUAGAUGAACUAUUGCAUUAAAAUUAUUGCUACUGAAUAAUUAAGUUAAUAGAGGAUUCAAUUAGUUGCCAGUUAUGUAUCUUAAAAUUAACUUAUAUGUAGUAGAAUGCAGAGGGUAGAGUCGAUUUUUCCAAGAUGAGAAGAUUGUUUGGUGUGUGAGUAUAACUUCUCUCCCAAUGCUACUUGGUUAGUCUGUCUGUACAGUGUGUGCAGUGACCAAUUAUUUAUGUGCUUUCUCUUUAAGAACAUUUUUUUCUGCGAUAUGAAGUAUUUUGCAGUAGCUUGCUCUCUGCACCAACUACAUUAUAUUUCUUUAAAGUUUUCUUUUUGUUGUUGUUGUUUUUUUUGUAACUGUCUUAAGGCGGAGUCCAAGGUUGCGUCAUGUGAUUAGGAAACCACAACAUUCCUCUGCUGACAACCUAGCCAAUGAGAUGACCUAUGUGACGGAGACAGAAGAUGUGUUUUAUACUUAUAAAGGCUCUCCAACAUCCAAAGACAGUGACUCUGAGUUUUUUCAGAAUCGCAGUCCUCAUAGUAGGUAUGAGAAUUGUUGGUACAUUUACCCAGCAUUUAUUGUAAAUGUUCUAUAUUCAAAUUUUGUGAUUCAGUAGCAGUUGAUAUAUUGUUUGAUCAUGCUUAUUUCAUUUAGAUAUCUUUCGCUUAGCUUUGUAUUUGGUUUUGUUUUAUUACACUUCAUAAAAUAUGUGACAAACACAUCUAAAAAUUAUACAAUUAAACUUGCUGUUACUUGCAUUGAUUAAAUUGCAACAUUUUAAAAUAGAAUGAAAGCACACAAUAGUCCAAAACCUUUAGUAUGUUAAGAAAAUUAAUAAAAAAGUUUAUGAAGUCUCACUCACAUUUCCCAGAGCUAAUAGACCUAGCUCUGGUGAUAAUAGCCUUAUGGUCUGUCAGGCGACCGCUUCUUUAUUUUUAGAUUCCAGAAGACUUGGCCAAUAAAAAUUGGCUCUAUGCAUAAGUUUUGUAUAGUUAAGGACUCUAGCACCUUCUUUGAACAGGAGAACUGCUGGUAACGUAAUUCCAAUUAUAUACUUUAGUUUACGUUAAAAACAUAAUAACUAUUACAAAACAACAAGAUUCAAAUAUACCAGAAGUAUUUCAAGUAUAAAGUGCUCCAGAGACGCGUUUCCUCAGUCUAUGGUGCUGUAAAUCCUUCUGUCCUCCUGUCCACCUUUUAAAUACCUGUCUUGAUCCUGUAAUUUCACUCAACUGUACUUACGAUGCCCGUUAGAUUGAGUGUUGCAUUCCAAGCCUCCUUCCAACUUUAUUUCAGCCCUCUCUCAGACACGACAUCAUAUCUGUCCUCCCUUCUAUCAUGCCAUUUCUGGUUUCACCAAUGUCGAUCAAAGAAAAGGGAAUACUUCUUAGAGCAUGUGUUCCACCUUUGGUGGAGCAUGCUCAGUCCUAAAAAAUGUCCAUUUACAGUUCCGUUGCCAUUCACAAAUAUAGAAAAAGGAAGAAUAUAACCCAUAUUAGAGUUUAAUAUACUUUAAUCUUAUCUAGGAGAUAUUUGGCUGUGUAAAUUAUAUGUGGCAAAAAAAAAUAUUCAUGACCGUUAAUCCUUAUAUAUCCUGAAAUCACAAACAAUUAUAUAUUUGUCUUAAAAGGGUAUAUAUUAAUAAAAUAAAAACAUAUAUUCAACCUAUUGAAUUGAACAUUUUUUUUUGUUUAAGUGUGUUCUAUCGAAUGUAAUUAAACAUUAGAACAUAGUAAUGCAAUUUUAUUAAACUCUGUAAACAUAAAAUCAACCAACAAAAUAUUCUGCAAUCAUCUUUAAGAUAUGAGACAUUUGUGAUUAAAUUAUAUUAUAUUCAUAAUGGUCAUGGAAAUGCAGUCUGAUAGUUUAAAAAAAAAAAAAGUAAUCAAUGUAGUACAUUUGGCCCUUUUUUUCUUACUUGUUUUAUUAAUGUAAUAUUCAUUGAUCAUGCUUAAUAUAAUACAGCAGAUCCCAUGUUCUUUAUUGUUCAUUUUGGUAGGCUAAAAGGUAAUCUCAAGUGUGUGUUUGUUAAAUUUAUACAAUUUGUUUCUUCAGGUCAUCAGAUCAGGAUUCUCCAAAGUAGGUGACAUACGUUUAUAUUUUUACUGUUUUUACUUGUUUUCCUCUCAUUUACCUAUUGUGAUAAAGUGAAGGCAGAUAGGCCUUUUAACCCCAGGGGGAGUAUGUGUAGUUUGUGUGUUGCACAACACAACGCAUUGUUUAGUUAUGGGCCCCUGGGGUGGAGCAUUUGGAGAGAAGGGUGGGCCAAUGCUCCACUCCACAGUUUAGUGGUGUUCUGGGGAGACCUAGAUCCAGGCCAGGGUUUUUUGGACUGUCUCCAACCCACUGCUCAGCUGCAGGUAAUCAGCUGUUGCAGUGGGAAUAAACUCCUCCCGGCUAGGCAGGAAAAGGAGAGGGAUUGCUGGCUUCCUCCCAGGAAGCAGGUAGGAGAGAGGCUGAUCUCUCCAGAUAGAGUCAAAGAGACUAGGCACUGGGAGUGCAGAAAGGAAGCAGUCAAGGCUGGCUUGGAGCACUGGGAGUGCAGAAGGAAGCAGUCAAGGCUGGCUUGGAGGCACUGGGAGUGCGGAAAGGAAAGCAGUCAGGGCAAGGCUGGCUUGGAGCACUGGGAGUGCAGAAAGGAAAGCAGUCAGGGCAAGGCUGGCUUGGAGCACUGGGAGUGCAGAAAGGAAAGCAACAGGUUAGAUAGCAGAGUGUUGCUAUCUAAAAGGUUGGUGCAAUAUUGUUUAGUUUAACCCUGAGAGAUAGGGAAACUUAUGUCAGUUAGUGCUCAGACGAGCUAGGUUUUUGUUUAUAGGGUUUUCUGUUACAUUUAUGUUUUCAUUUAACUGCUGUAUCCUGUGUGGAUUUACAAAUAAAGUGCCUGAGUAUAUGCAAUUUCAAGGACUGUGCAUGUUUUUGCCCUAGAGGACCGUGCUACCUGGUGACAAGGAUCACAAUAUGGUGGAGAAUGCGGGCAUAGUAGCAAAUUGAGGGUCUGUGGGUGUGCCAGUCAUUCAGUAGUCUGCUUGAGGACUUUUUAUUUUUGCAGACCUGUUUAUAAAAAAAAAAAAAAAAUAGUAGCACUGUACCUUUAAGACUAUUACCUGCUUGGUGCUAUAAUGGAGGACCUGCUGAAGGCUCUGGUACAGGCAACUGCUGUACAACAAGAGGCAACUGCUAUACAACAAAACACCAACCAUUUCCUGGCUGCACAGAUUAAGAACCUGAGGGAUGCUCAGCAGGAGUAUAGAGCUGCCCUUACUGAUGUUUUGCAGAUUGCCUCCAGCAGGGUGUGUGGGGACAAGGGACCCCGUAAUCAAGCUACUGACAUCCUGCAUAAGAUGACAGAGGCAGUAGAAGAAGUCUUUAGCAAGCUGAAAAGCAUGGAGGCAGCAAAGCUUGAUGUUGAGAAACACACAGAAGAGAGAGAACCGGAAUUAAAAGGCAAGAAGGAUAAAAUUGAUCCUGAAAGCAGUGAUAAUGUGGAAGAUGGUGAAAAGGCAGUUGGAUCAUCCAUGGAACAAAAAGCAAAAGAGAAAAAGGUAGUAACGAGACCAGCAAAUCUAAAGGAAAACCCGGAAUUGUCAAGAGGCAGUGAUGGUGACAGUGAUGACAUGCGCCAAAGUAAGAGAGGUCAGAGGAAUCAGAAGGGAGAACGAGACAAACUGAUUACUGAAGUUGACAAGUGUUUAUUUGAAAAUCAAAACGUUGCAGCUUCACAUGAAAGCCUCAAACUUGCUCUGUAUGGCAUCACAACAGAUAAAGCGAUCUUGGGAAAAGAGUUAGAAACAAAAAUAUUUUCAUGCUCAGAAACUGAAUCUUGCAUGUUUCAAGAGAAUGCUGGAAAGACAUUUGAAAACAGAAAGGUACUGAUAAAUCUUCCCAAGGUAACAGAAGAAGAAUCAGAGGAUGAUGAGGAUUAUGUUCCUUCAGAAGACUGGCAAAAGGAAAUAAUGGUUGGUUCCAUGUUCCAGGCAGAGAUUCCAGUUGGCAUCUGCAAGUACAAGGAAACUGAAAGAGUGUAUGAAAAUGAUGACCAGUUAUUGUGGAACCCAGAUUUUAUAGUGGAAACAAGAGUUCUAGAUUUUCUAAGUGAAGCGUCCAGAAGGACAGGUGAAGAGAAGGGAAUAGAUGCAAUUCCAGGGGGAUCACAUAUAAAAGAAAACGAAGCAGGAGCCCCUGAUGUACACCCAAUUGAACAAGUUAAAGGCAUGAAAAGCAGACUGACUUGGGGAGUCAGAGAAGACAACUGCAAAAGAGCUGAGCUUAAUGGAGAGAAGCAAAGCACCCCAGCUGAGUAUAGCAAUGCGGUGCACUGUUUAGUAGCCGAGGCUACCCAAGAUUGUCGACCAGCUGUUGAACAGUUUGGCAGAGAAAAGAAAGGCAAAGUAGCUGCUUCUGAUCUAAGCCAAGAGAGAGCGACAGUUACAGAACCAAGCUGUGAUGAUAAGAUGGGCACGUCCGCACCUAAGCCCGACCAAGGCGAAAGUUACAAAGCAGGUGACAUUGGCGCAGCUGAAUUAAAUAUUUCAAACACGUCUGGUAUUGCUACAAAGACUUUGAAGGAUUAUUUGGGAGCCAUAGAACUGGAUCUGCUGGCAGAGACUACUGCUACAAGGCCUGGGCGCACUAACUACCUGGAACAGCUGCCAGACUCUGGGAACACAGUCGUGGAAUUAAAGGCGGGACUCGGACUGCCUGACCGGCUGUUUGAUACCGGGGCUGUCAUGAUCCAGCGAGAGGCCAUGACUGCGUCUCUGGACACCCCCAAGGGAACAGGGAGACUGCCAGACAGCCCAGAGGAAAGCAUUUCUGACACUGAGAGGUGGCCACUCAAGGCCGAGCAAGUGGAGGAUACCCCUGGGGAGGAAACCAGGCAAAGGAGAGAUGAACUAAGCCAGGAGUCUGGGCCUCAGGUAGAACAGCGCUCCAUGCCAAGCCAGGCCGAGCAUGAUAGGAUGGAGCUGGGAUCAAGGGCUGCAUUCAUGCAGGAGGAGGGUGCUCUAGACAGCCUCCUUGGCCAACCCCCUGAGGAUAUAGAGAUGAGACCUGUAGCAUUAACCGUAGAAAGCAAUGAAGGUUCCCAGGGAUUCACAGAACAGAUGGAGGAUGUUGUGAAGCCCUUCAUGGAGGGACCGGUUCCAGUGAAGGAUGAGCUGGUGACAGAACCAGGUCUUGAAGAGGUUGAGCAUCCAGCAAAUUCGUCUUAUGAAACAACUGGACGUAUAAGUGAUAUAGAAAAGUUAGUUACACGCAAAGCUUUUGUAAAGUUUGCGUUUGAAAGUAACUCGGACAUUGAGAGACUAUCAAACCAGAAGCUGCUGUGGAUGUGGAAGCAGAUGAUGAUUCAGAGGAACUUGGCUACUAAAGAGCCACACAGUACUGAUCAUCAGCCUAGAUCUGCUAGCAACCAAAUAAGCGGGGAAACUGGAAAGAAAGGACAAAAUCUGAUACUGAGUCUGGGACAAUAUAAUGGUAGAACGUACCCAAAAGUCCCAUUACAGCUACGAGACCAGACUGAGAAACUCAGAUGCUUCAACUGCCACAUGCAUGGACAUAUUACAUAUAACUGUCCUGAGAGUGAAGAGCCAAUACAGUGUGACAUAGGAAUAAGGGCUCUGCAUAGGAUAGUAUUGCCUUGCUUAAAGAUGUGUAUGGUGACUGGUGGUGUUACAGCACAGCUAAAAGUGGUGAUGGUGGUAGGGAAGAGUGCACAAGCACUAAUUAAUUCAGGGAGUGAGGCUACUUUGAAAAGUGUUCUGCUCCAGCCAGAAAAAUGUGAUUUAAGACAAGUGUUUGAUAUUGUGGGUACAGCCCCAGGUGACGUGAACAUUCGUGGUUUGUGUUCUAAGGUCGCUCGACCCGAUGGGUCUGAGCUGGGGGGGAGGAUAUGUGAUAAAGUGAAGGCAGAUAGGCCUUUUAACCCCAGGGGGAGUAUGUGUAGUUUGUGUGUUGCACAACACAACGCAUUGUUUAGUUAUGGGCCCCUGGGGUGGAGCAUUUGGAGAGAAGGGUGGGCCAAUGCUCCACUCCACAGUUUAGUGGUGUUCUGGGGAGACCUAGAUCCAGGCCAGGGUUUUUUGGACUGUCUCCAACCCACUGCUCAGCUGCAGGUAAUCAGCUGUUGCAGUGGGAAUAAACUCCUCCCGGCUAGGCAGGAAAAGGAGAGGGAUUGCUGGCUUCCUCCCAGGAAGCAGGUAGGAGAGAGGCUGAUCUCUCCAGAUAGAGUCAAAGAGACUAGGCACUGGGAGUGCAGAAAGGAAGCAGUCAAGGCUGGCUUGGAGGCACUGGGAGUGCAGAAGGAAGCAGUCAAGGCUGGCUUGGAGGCACUGGGAGUGCGGAAAGGAAAGCAGUCAGGGCAAGGCUGGCUUGGAGCACUGGGAGUGCAGAAAGGAAAGCAGUCAGGGCAAGGCUGGCUUGGAGCACUGGGAGUGCAGAAAGGAAAGCAACAGGUUAGAUAGCAGAGUGUUGCUAUCUAAAAGGUUGGUGCAAUAUUGUUUAGUUUAACCCUGAGAGAUAGGGAAACUUAUGUCAGUUAGUGCUCAGACGAGCUAGGUUUUUGUUUAUAGGGUUUUCUGUUACAUUUAUGUUUUCAUUUAACUGCUGUAUCCUGUGUGGAUUUACAAAUAAAGUGCCUGAGUAUAUGCAAUUUCAAGGACUGUGCAUGUUUUUGCCCUAGAGGACCGUGCUACCUGGUGACAAGGAUCACACUAUAUACCGAAUAUAUGUUUUUAAAGUAUGUAGUGCAGUGCAAGUUGUAAAUUUUAGUGGUGACUGGUGAAGUUUUUAGAUGGUUGGGUGUUUGGAUUCCCCCAUAGAAUUUGAUCUGACCCUUCACCUUAAACUUUUCUCAUAAACUGUUGGACUUAAUGUGCUAAUUCCCAUAUUCUGCCAAUAAUAAAAUUUAAGGUUGUUAUUACUUCCAUUGUCACCUAGAGGGCAGUUAUGAUUUUUUUCUUAUGUAUUAUUUUAUUUUAAAAAUAUAUAUUUUAUGCUUUCUGACACGUAUGCCUUACCACUCCUAGUCCGAGUACAUUAUAUUUUUAGUUGAAUAGCUAGCUGAAGCUCAUGUUGUCAGUAAGAACGUCAGUGCUAAAGGUAAGACAUUACAACUAAACAGUUUAGUUCAAUUUCUAGAUGCAGGAUAUCAGACAAAAUCCUACUUGGCUGGGGUACAGUGCAAUAAUUUCCUGCGUGGGUGAGACUGCAAUGGAGAGCUGUUGGUUGGAGAGAGAGCGAGGAAGGGACUGAAAGCAAUGAGCCAGGAAAGGCUUAUUGUAGACUGCAGGGUAGAAAGUGCAGAGAUAUAUUAAAAGCAUGAUGCUGGGGUAGAACUGUCAGACUUCGGUCUUUACACUUUUCACACUCUGAAGUCUUCACUGCCACUAAAACACUAUGAUUUGAGCAUUUGUCACACUAUCCCCCCUUUGAUCAUACAGCUCCAUUGGGCCAUCACUUCUCACACAUAUGGCAGUAUGGGUUACACAAUUUGAAAAGUAAAGAGGCAGUGUCUGACAGCUCUCCCUAGCCCUGCUGUGUACUUAUUGAUGCAAUGUAUUCAACCUGCUCCAUGGAGCAGAAAAACGCCAGCCUUAAACUAUACAGCAAGCGCGAAGUCAGAAUAGAGAAUGCAAACUCCACCCCCUGGUGUUAGCAGCCUUUGACAGCCCAGUAGGCAGUCCUGUAUUUUAGAGCAAUAUGUAUGCUACCUGAAAAGGAGGAAGUGGGAAAAGGAGAAGGCUGUCAGACCAUAAGGGUGAUUUUUUUUAUUUUUUACUUUUACUAUCAUCAUUAAGGGGGAAAUAUAAGGGUUGAGGGGAGGGAAAUUGCAACACAAAUAAUUAAAAGGACAUAACACAUGUUUGAACAAACAAACAUAUCUCAAACUGGUACGGAGCUGACCCUAUGAACCACCCUACACUGCAGAGAUGUACAUGACUUUAAAUGUAUGUCCUGCAACAUCAUAUUGUUUUUAAAUAUAUGCAAAUAUACACAUACAUAUAGUGAUAUCAUUUAUAAAAAAUGAGGUAUUCCAGGAGCUAGUCAGAUAAUAAUAAAUGGAAUGGUAGUACAGUAAAUAUCAGCAUUCAACUCAAGAAUCAAUUGGAGAUAUAUAUAAAUGCAGGACAAAAAAUCAUAAAUAAUUAGUUCAUAAUAAGUCCAUAUAAAAAGCCCUGAUUAUAAAAUUAAUAACUGAAACUGCAAAUUAUACUGAAUGAAAUAAGAUAAUAGUUAUAGUCCAAUAGUCCACAGACUGUAUCAAAAGGGAAAUUCGCACUAUACGGUGUUUAUAGGAGAUGCACAGUGGUGGAGCCCUAUUGCAAAGACACUAUAAUUCACUGAAUGUUAUAAAUAUAAAGGAAAAAACAGAAAACAAAAAAACACAAUAAGAAGUCCAAAGGAAGAAAAAAAGGAAGCAAUACAGUACCUUGGACAACUGCUUGCUGAUAUACAAUAAAUAAUAGUAAUGAGCAAUAAAAAUAAGGGAGGGAAAUGCUUAUUUAAAAAACCCAAGACUAAAAUAAGUUCACAAACAAAGGAUAAAAUGAAAUAAAUUCAAUGGUGCCAACGGUUGCUCGAAAUUACUUGCACAAAAAUAAGCAUUUCCCUCCCUUAUUUUUAUUUUUAUUGCUCAUUACUAUUAUUUAUUGUAUAUCAGCAAGCAGUUGUCCAAGGUACUGUAUUGCUUCCUUUUUUUCUUCCUUUGGACUUCUUUGUGUUUUUUUUGUUUUCUGUUUUUUGCUUUAUAAUUAAAGGGCUCCACCACUGUGCAUCUCCUAUAUACACCGUAUAGUGCGAAUUUCCCUUUUGAUACAGCCUGUGGAUUAUUGGACUAUAACUAUUAUCUUAUUUCAUUCAGUAUAAUUUACAGUUUCAGUCAUUAGUUUUAUGACUAGGACUUUUUAUAUGGACUUAUUAUGAACUAAUUAUUUAUGAUUUUUUUUUGUCCUGUAUGUGUGUGUGUGUAUAUAUAUAUAUAUCCAAUUGAUUCUUGAGUUGAAUGCUGAUAUUUACUGUACUACCAUUCCAUUUAUUACUAUCUGACUAGCUGCCGGAAUACCUAAUUUUUUAUAAAUGAUAUUGCUAUAUUUAUUUCUAUAGGGAGGAUUGGUGACCUUUUUUUUUCCAGUUUAGAGCUAGUGUGUUAUCAAAUUAAUUGUGUUAAUUUCAUUUAUAUACUUUUACUCCCUCUAUCCUAAAAAACAGACUAUUUAUUUCUAUAUUAUAGGCAUUUUUUUUCUUUUUGUGCUUUUAAUUUUUUUCUUUAUUCUGUGUUUUUACCAUUUUUUACUAUAUACAUACAUAUAGCUACAAAUAAAAGGGAGUUAAAAGGUACAUACAAAGAAAUUCCAUGUCUCGGUCUCUCUUGUGCAUAUCUCAUUUGAACAAGUAGGCAGGUGAUCAGCUGAAAUGACCAAUAGGUUAGUACCAGGAAAUGGCACAUAACAUGACAAGAACACACAUUUUUUCAAGUUUAAGAGUUUUUGUUAAAAGUAAAUUUUGCUGAUAUAAAAUAAAAUUCUUGUUUUAAAGUUUGGUGGUUAAUUUACUUUCAGGAAUAUAUUGGAUCGUAGUCGGAGAGAAAACAGCCUGACGCUCACCCAGCAAGGUUCUUUCCCAAAUUCUCCCAAUGGAUUGUCAAACCACUCUUCAUCUUCUCACCCGCUUGAAGGUGUAGAUAAAAAGUUUUUAGAAACCUAUGACAAUGUAAAGAAAAGCGGCUCCAUAGACGAUUCUAACCAGUAUUACUACGAUAAGGUAUUUGUUACUGAUUCUGGUGUGUUGUUUUCCAUUAACAAGACUUGGCUGUCUAUGGAAUCUAGUUCAUAUUAUUAUCUGCCUAUCUCAUUUCAAGGGUUGGCCUCAGGCAGCACCUCUAUUGACAUCAGUAGGCUGAACACACACAGUAAUUACUGAACACAUUACUGAACACACACAGUAAUUGACAAAACAAUGUACAGUAAUUCUUGCAAGCAGAACCUAAAAAGUGGUUUCCAACUAAUUGCAACAGGCAUUACAUAUUCACUGAACUUAAGGUAAAUGCGUACUGCUAAUGAGUUACUGAACAAAAGAUGCUAGAGUGCAAUGGAGACCCACCUGAAACUGAUGUAAAAUACGUUGUAUUAUGUCAAGGACAUCAUAUCCAUCAGGCCACCUAUUACUACCAAUAACAAAUUGUCCAUUGUAGUUUCCAUGCAUUUCUAGUUGUAAUGAUGGUCUUUUCAAAAUUCAACAACCUACUUAAAGUUUUUGGAAGUGUCAUAUAUUACAUAAAAGUUGACUGAAGUUAAUUUAAAAUGUAUGAAUGGUUGUAAAAAAAUAAUCACAUGCAUGUAAUUUGUAUUCCUAUUAAAUUAUGUUAAGUGGAUGCCCUAAGCACCAAAACCAUGACCACUGAAUGUAGUGGUUUUGAUGCAAAGAGACUGUCCCUGCUGUCUCUGAUCUCAAAUCACUGCCCAUUCCGUGAAAAAGGCAUUUUUAAAUGUGACAGUAGCUGUCACUCAGAAAGCCACUAGUGAUGCUUCCUAUUAUAGUCCUGCAAUCUUUGUAGGGCCUACAUUUGGCUUCCUUAAACUCUGCAUGAAGAUGCUGAGCGCUCCCUUAAGGGAUGCGUUGGUACAAUACAGAUUGGCGCAACACUGUGAUUUUCAAGCAGCCCCCUUCUGUCUAUGUGGGGAAGCAUUGGAUUGGCUGAGAUUAUCAGAAAUGGUGAUCUCACUAGGGGUUAUUUAUGGCAAGACCUGUGUGGUGUGAGAUCGAAGUUGAGUAACAAUUAUUUAGUUAAUGGAUACAAGUGGGACAUAUAUUUAAGUAGUGAGAACAUCUAACUUUAGACAAUGACCUAUUUGCAUUAAAGAACCACUCCUCUUGACAUUAAAGGCUAUACUUUUAGUAUACCUAUAUUAAUCCCUCCCUCCCCUAAGGCUGGAAUGAUUUGAAAGGUGAGUUAUACUUACCGUUCAGCUCUUGCUCCACUGGUCUCUGACUUGACAUUCCACUGCCUUAACUGAGAUUAUUAAGAUUAAUGAUCUCCGCCGAUUCAGUUGGUCCCCAUAGGGAAACAUUGGGAGGCUAGUGCACAUGCAUGGCAGGACACAACACUGUGCCAAUCAAAUGGUCUAUAAUUAGAUCACAUGACCGUUUCAUUCAGUUGUAGAAGCAGAAAUGCCAGACAGCCACUACAAACGUGUUAACCCUACAAUGUAUACAUUUUAACCCCUUAGUGACCGCAGACGUACAAGGUACAUCAGCCAAAAAACGGUCGUUAACGACCGCUGAUGUACCCUUUAUGUCCGCUGCCAAAAUGAGCACUGGAAGUGAUCGUGAUCGCUUCCAGCUGCUCUAAGUGUAGUACACGAUUCCUCAAUGUUGAGGCAUCCUGUAAUACCCACCCUCACUGCCGGGCACCCGAGUGAUCGCUCGCCCCAGAGCAAUUACUUCCGGGUUGACGUAUGUGGCACCCGGCAGGGCACCCAGCAGUGUAGUGCAGAGCAUCGGAAGCCUUUAGGCAGGCUUCCGAUGCUCUUCCUGUACUGAGUGCCGCCAGGGGUUGAGGCACUCAGUAAAUGUUGGGGAAAAAAAUUAACCCCUAACCUCCCCAUGUACUUACCGAUUUCCGCCGUUCCCCUGCCGGUUAUCCGUUCUUCUUCUGAGGGGGACUGUCUGGGCACAGCCACAGCCCAGACAGUCCCCCCUCUGCAAUUUAGGAUCCCCAGGGACCAUGUGACCGCUCUUAAAGAGCGGUCACAUGGCCACAAUAGAUGUCCAUAGUGCUGCCAGCAAGGGGACUGCCUGAACUGACAGGAAGACCCCCUACGGGUGAAAAAAUAAAAAGUUUAAAAAAAAGUAAAAACAUAAAGUGAAUAAAUUAACAUGCAUAUACAUAUAUUAUAUCUAUAUAUAAUAUGGAAAUAUAUCUUGUAUAUAACAUCAUAAUAAGUGUAUUUUUUUGUAUAAUAAUAUAAAAAUAAACUUAGAGUAAAAUUACACAUGUGUAUAUAUGUAAUAUAUAUAACAUAUAUAUAAUAAUAAUAAUAAUAUAAUAUAUAUAUGUCCCUGGUCCCAGCACUCAGUGCUCCCGGUCUUUUAAUGCUCCGGUGCUGUCUCCAACCAAACUGUAUACGAUACCAGUAGAGAGCACUCAGGAGUCUUUCAAGGUAAAUUUCAUCUGUUGCUUUAUUGAGCAAUUACAAAUUCACACAACGUUCCAGUCUAUAAAAGACUUUUUACAAGACAAUUGUGUAUGUGAGAUGGAUACCUUAUAUACAAAAAAUGCAAUGAUCCUAUUUGGAGGUGAACAGGUGAAAUGUAACAACGGAUCAGAGUGAUGUCAUUAAUUACGUAAACAUGUUUGAAUUAUGUAAUAAAUUGAAGUUAACCCUAUGUGUAACUGGUAUGUGAAACAUACUCUCGUGUAGAUAAGUCAGAAAGUAAUAAAAGAUAAAUAACUAUAAAAAUAAAGUAUAUACAAAUGUUUCAACCCUAAUCAAGGGAACAUAAAUACAUAGUACAUAUCGUCAUUAGCUAAAUAUUAACUCAGUUAUAUAGCAAAAUAUUGUCAGUGCAAUUUUGAAGCAUUAUAUGGACUACUUCCAUCAUGGAGUUACGGCAAAUAACUGUACUAUAUUAAUGCAUUCUGUAAAACAUAGCUCAAUCAUAUAUUAUCUUCUAGGUAAAAAAACAAUAUAAUGAGUUCUUCUCAUUUAAACCAGAUGGUGAUAAUGUUUCCAACGUGUAUAUCCAGAAAGCCUCAAAUCUGAGUAACAGGUUAUCACGAUCUCCUCCUCUGGGUGAGAUGGGUAUGUGAUCUAUUCCCAUAAAGCGAAGUGAGGACAUCUCAAAGUAUUUUAUAGACUGAAACAUCGACUGGAACGUUGUGUGAAUUUGUAAUUACUCAAUAAAGCAACAGAUGAAAUUUACCUUGAAAGACUCCUGAGUGCUCUCUACUGGUAUCGUGUGUGUGUGUGUGUGUGUAUAUAUAUAUUGUGUAUAUAGUGUAUACAUAUAAUUAUAAAAAUUAAAUAAUUAAUUAAAAAUAAUCUGUAAAAAUAUAUAUAUUUUUAUUCUAACUUUAUUUUGAUAUUAAUAUAUAUUUAUAUCAAAAUACACUCAGAUAUGUAAAUAAUUUCAUUCUAUGUAUAUCUCCUUAAUGACCGUGGAUGUACUGGAUACGUCCGACAAAAAACAGUCGUUAAUGACCGCGGAUGUACCUAGUAUGUCUACGGCAAAUAGGAGCCCUGGACUUACCUGGACCGGCGAUCACGGUUGGAGUGGACUGCUGGAGACCCCAGCAGUCCUCCUGCAGCAGCUCCGGCCACCCCGGCCCUCCAGGACCAUGUGAUCACCAUGAUCACAUCACCGCAAUAAGACUCUAGGUGCUGCCAGCAGGGGGACUGUCUAAGUUGUCAGGCAGUCCUCCAGGCUGCUAAAAAGUAAAAAAAAAAAAAAAUUUUUUACAUAUAUUAUAUAUUCUAAAAUAAUUAAAGCAUUUUAUAAUAUAUUAUAAUGAAAUCAGAAAAAUGCAUUAUAUAUGUAUAAGUGUACUUUGAGAGAGAUACAUAAUUGUUAGAUUCUAAUAAGAGUUAUAUUAUAAUACUAAAAAUCGGUAGUGGUGUGCCGGAACCGACGAGUGGUUAGGCCUGUAAUAAAGAGGGCCCACCUGAUAAAGGUGAUGCUAUUUAAAUAUUUACCAAAAGGGUGAGGAGGGAGGGCAACGCUGGAACUUGAGUGCAGGUAAGAGGAGGAGGUGUGGGCUUAAAUAGGCCAGACAACUCCUCCCAUAACUACAGGCUGACACCUAUAUUUGUGCUCGGAAACGAUAGCCAAUCGUGAAUUAGAUAACUGUUAGAUUCUAAUAAGUUAUAUUAUAAUACUAAAAGUCAGUAGUGGUGUGCUGAAGCUGCACCUAUGUGGAAUGAAUGACCGAAGUAAGAGGUUGGACUAAGCCCCAACCUAACUAGUAGGUACAGAACGAACUUGUGCGUUGUUAGUUGUUUACCGUGUAAUUCGAGUAGAGGUGAAUCUUUUGAUGAGCCUAUAAGUGUACUAGCGAGUGAGUCUAGAACCUUGACCAGGCACCAGGGUGAAUGUAUUGGAUAGUAGGGAAUCUCUACUGCAGGGCCCAUUUUACUAGUUUUGGUCUGUCUUAAUGUCAAGAUGUAGUAAUUGUUUGUUUUGACAAGGUUAUGUAUUUUUAGGUAAUUGCUGUCUGAGAAUUUUGAGAUGGUAAACUCGCUGGACCUCUCUGGACCUGGUGUCAUUUAGGUUUGAAAUGUCUCAGAAUUUAGAGCUAUUAAUUGGCAAUCGCUGUAGGUUUUGAGAGAAGUUUAACUUCUGUAUACACUUUAGAACACUCUUUAUGGGAUAAGCUGACAGGAAAGGUGAAUUAUUAGGGAAUGUGAUAAGCAUUUGGUGUUGAAUACCUGUGAGGUAUAACUUGAUGGUGGUGUGUGCUCGUUUUAAAGAAAUGUGGCAAAAGGUAGUGAAUGCGACCAAUGAUUCAAUAGAAAAGCAGUUUAUUAUAUGAAAGUCUCCCACAAAUUUGGAAAAUAACUUGAAAGCUCUGCGCUAGGAGAGCUUCUAAUCCAGGAUUAGUUCUUCGAAAAGAGGCGGCCUGAUCGCUUGUCUGUUUGCUGUGCGGUGAUACCAGAAAAAUUCCUGAAAUUCGAAGCAGGAUAAUGCAUCAGCAGCCACAUUUUGUACACCGGGAACAUGUGUGCAAGUAAUAAAAACUGAUGAGUAGCUGCAAGCCAGGUCAACCUCCUUUCCAUAAUAACCAAAGAUUGGGUGCAACCCUUGUUGAGAAUGUGACAAGCUGCCUGGUUAUCGAGAAAACAACUGACAGCUUGAGCUCUCCAGGAUACCCCCCAAGUGAAGGCUGCAACUACCACUGCGAAAAUUUCGAACACAGCCGAAGAGUCUGAAAAAUUGUGUAAUUGGUUGGUUUCUGGGGGCCAGGGUGCCUGGACCCACUCAUUCCCGAAGAUUGCAGCAUAACCUGCAGUACUGGCUGCAUCUGUACAGGUGACAGGGGAUUUAUCUGAGAUGAACAUAGACUUGCUGUUCCAUGAUGACAGAAAUAAUUGCUACAUAGAAAUGUCAGCUUUUGCUUGGGAGUCUAUGUCAAUAACGCUAUCAUCGUCAGGUAAACUGUACAGCAUGCAUAAUAGAUGAGAUAAAGGAUCUGCCUUCUAGAAUUAUCCUCAUGGCAAAAUUCAAGGUCCCUAAGAGUGAUUGCAACUGCGAGUGCAAACCCCUCUAUUUAAACAAGCAGAUAAACCUUCCAGAAUUCUGCUGACUUUCUCUUCAGGUAAGCUAGCUUCCAGGGAUUGAGAAUAGAGUACAAUCCCCAGGAAGGUGAUUUUUGUACCAGGCCCAUCAGUCUUAGCUUCAGAGAUUGGUACACCCAGAGUGUGAAAUAGAUUUACCAUCCAUGCUAGACUAACUGGGGUAAAGCAGAAGCCAGCACAAGAUUUCUGCAAAGAUAUCGAACAACAUAGGGCUACACAUAGCAAAAUAGUACUGGUUUUCCCACUUAAAUCCCUGCAGAUGCCACAGGGAGGGAUGGAUAAGUAACAGCUUGAAGGCAUUAGCUAUGUCAGUUUUACAUAACCAUGCUCCCCUGCCAACAUUGAUGAUGGUAGCAAUAGCAUCGUCCACUUUAGCGUACUGAAGGGAAAAAUCCUCAGAAGGGAUUAGUGAGUUUAGUCUAGGUGUGGUGGAGGAAUGAAGAGCCAAAAAGUCGAUUAUCAAGCGUAGUUUAUUCAAAAACUUUGCAGAAACGAUGCCCAGUGGGCUGAUUCUCCAGCUAGAGAAGGGAGGCAGAGUGAAAGGCCCAAUCAUGAAGCCUAGCUCGAAUUCUUUAGAGAUAGGUAACGACACGGCUUGUGGGUUAUUCAAGGCAGAUUAUAGAUUAGCACAUUCGAGUGACCCUGAGGGGAUUGUGACUAAUCCUGUGUGGAAUCCGUGAGUGAACCCUUCGGUGAGAAAUUGAAUUAGGUGAGGUGAAGGGUGCUGUGACAAACAGUGCUGCAAAGUGGUGAAGUUAACCAGUGAAAGUCAUUGCCUAUGGAACAAUCUAUUUGGGCACAUGGUUUUUGCAUGUGCCCGGAAACACAGGGAGCAAACAUGCAGCAAUCUGCAGGCGCUGUACCUGCAGCCACCGGCGUUAAAGUUGUUGCAAAUCUGAAAUUUGCCCAAAAAGACAAUGGGUCUCCCCAACUUGUUUUUUAGGUCCCGAUGAAUGGGACUAGCAGACUGGGGUACGGAGGUUUGGCUGGUGGAUGGGAGCUCAGUAUCGUUGGGGCACAGAUUUGUUGUGUGAGUAGACGACGAGCAAACUGCACAAGCUGGAACGUUUAGACAGGCAAAAUGCCUACAAAAUAGUUCCAUUUCAAGAGAACUCCAAUCAGUUUUAAUGCUAAACUGGGCAAGUGCCGCGGCUGCUUUUCCGGAAAAUGAAUUAUGAUAGUCAAAAAACGCGAAUCUGCCGUACUUAUGCCUGAGGUCGACCAGCUUGUGCAAGUACAAGUCGAACUCUUCACGUCUUUGGGGAAAAACGGAACAUAUUACAUCCCUAAACAACCCAAAAGCUAAAACAAACUCCAGGAUAGAACGUUUUUUGUUAAGCCUAGGGUUUCAUGCCUUCAUAACAACCGACAAGUCACCAAAUGAGUUAGACUUGUUGUCGAUGACAUCCUGUGACGCUUUGAGCAAGGACACCAGGUUGACAUCUUUGCCCUCCAAGAUGUCCUUUCUCAGCAUCAGAAGAACUAGAUGGGCUGGCGUGAUUAUGGUACUGGUGGAGACUGAGGGCUGGUUAGCAACCAUAAGAGCAUUACCCAGGAGGAACAGCAGCCGAGGAGGAAGUACCAGCAAUCGUAGCAACUUCCAUGACCCGAGCCUAGUAGCAAUGGUGUUAACGAAGGAAGUUAAAUUAGUAUUAAUGAAUACAGGUCAGCCAAACUGGGUUGAAAUAUCCCUUCAUGACUGGGACCAGAGGUUUGAGUCAUUCUGAGACCUUAACAAUCUGAACAGUUCAGCUUUCCUAGCCGUGGCUGGGUAGGCUAUAUGUUUCUUCUUUAAUUCGGCUGUGAUCUUCGGUAUAGUCCAUGAUCUUAAAGAACUAGGACUAGCUGAAUCCCCUUGCCUGGAGGGGGAAUCGUUCCUAGCCGGGGCACUAGGUAAAGAUAAGUUGUCGCCUUGAAUGGACUUGUUUGACACUGUAGAUAGGAAGAAUAGACAACGUGUAACAUAGUGUUAAUGAUCGGUGAAACAAAAAAUGGUGGACUGGUAGUAGCUAAUGCCAAGUGGUGAAUUUGUAUUACCAGGAGGUGAAUUUGGUUAUCCCUAACUAGGCACAGAGCAGCGAGAGAGGCUUUAACUAGGAAUUGGCACGUGGGUGUAAAUACCCUCUAGCGUAAUGCUGGGGAAAAAGCCUCAGGUGACCGAUAACCGAUAGACAAAAAAAGGUUGGGCGUGACAGGUGAGGCCCUGACUACACCUAGCUAGAGAAAAUGCCAGUCUAAGUUACCACGUUACUAUAGGGGUAUCUAAUUGAGUAAAUCGGUACCUUGGUCAAGUAACUGGACUUGUAUAUACGAGGUUGGAGCGGGAACAGGAGUAUCUACUCCUGAAACUAGAAUGACAGAUGGGGUAACGGGUAAACUAAUACCUGGGAGAAGACCUAUGAGCUAACCAGACCUAAUUAUAGCCAUAAAUGGAUAACCUAUAUUCCAUAAAAUAAACAGUUGAAAGAAUCGACACUUACUAACACGUCUUGUGGAAAAGUGACCUAUAGUGUUAGCCCCCAAGGGCGGCUACUGUGAAGACAAAUGAAGCAGUGAGUAAACGAAUAUGACAAGACCUAUAGACAAACAAGAUCUAAUAUACUCAAGCAAAUGACAUGUAUAUUAAUAAAAGUGUAAAAUUGAUAGCCACUUACUAGUAAGUCAAGUGGCAAGAAAGACCUAUAGAUUCAGGCUUGGAAAUCAAAACUCUGUGGAGACAGAACUAAAUCAACUACCAAAAUAAAAAGUGGAACUUUUUUUUUUUUUUAAAUAAGCAAAGCUUUAACCACAUACCAAUAGUUAAGAUGAAGAAACACUUGAAAAUUCUGAUUUGGCUAAGCAGCUUCAGGAAAUGUUGAACCUAAUGAGGCUGAAGUAACAGAAAUAAAAUACAUGAUACCCUUGAAUUUGACUGUAAAGUUGUAGGUGCUAAGACAGACCCCUUGACACCAAAUAUUCCUGACUGCAGAAACCAUACCUUAAUCAAGAAUUUUCUCCUAAUUCAUACAUAAAGCACAGUAUUUUUACCAAAAUAAUUACCUAGACAGGCCACAAGUUGGCGAUAACAGCUUAAAUAAAUUGCAAAUACCAAAUACGAAAAGCUGAAAUUCAGUCGAAAGAGGGGAAUGACAGCGAACGCCCUUACCCUUAAUUGUAAGACUGCUUUGAAAAAGCCAAACUGAAAGUGCCAAAGGCAGCACGAAAUAGCCAAAUACAGCGAACAGUGUUGCAUGCAUAUUUGGGGGAAGCUAAACCUGCUGAACCAAUCCUUCAGCAAAAUUAAAGUCAACACGCGGCAAGUUUGAAUGUGUAGACUAACUACACGUGGAGAACCCGGCGUGUAUGCGGUGGCAGGGGGUCUGUGGCUCGAUAGCUUGGUGCCGGGAGAACCCAUUGAGUAGGAAAGAGACCGGGAUACUGGUCCCGACGGCAUGCUGAGAGACACCAGUUAGGAAAACUCACUGUUAGUGAUCAGAGCUCGUGAAACCCGGCGUGUAUGCGGUGGCAGGGGGUCUGUGGCUCGAUAGCUUGGUGCCGGGAGAACCCAUUGAGUAGGAAAGAGACCGGGAUACUGGUCCCGACGGCAUGCUGAGAGACACCAGUUAGGAAAACUCACUGUUAGUGAUCAGAGCUUGUGAAACCGGCAGGCGCCUGGCAGCAGCAUCAGAACCUCCGUGGAGGCAAUCAGAACUUCCCACUGGCUUAUCCCGGAAGUGAAAGACUUAACGGCAAUGCUGGAACUAGAGUGCAGGUAAGAGGAUGAGUUCUUAAUCCUUUACAUAUAUAAAAUAUAAAUUGAAAGAAUUGUUUCUAUUUUUUUUUUUUUAAAUGAAUAAAAAUGUUAACUUUGGCCAGCAUUUAUGACUAAGUGGCUUCUACAAAAGGCUGGACUUAUACCCCAUUUUCAAUACCCUGGGUUGUCUACAUUUGAAAAUUGUAUGCCAUGAUGGGGUUAUUUCACAUUCCUGGGCUACCAUAUGGUCUCAAAAGGCAACACAGACCCAGCAAUCCAAUCUGGCAAACCCUAUAUUGAUCCUGUAACUUUCAAAAACACCAUAAAACCUGUACAUAGAGGUAUUGUUAUACUCUGGAGACUUCGCUGAACACAAAUAUGAGAGUUUAAAACAGUAAAACUUAUCACGAUUGUGAAGAAUUUCCCUGUAUUCUCUGCCUUCAUUCGACUAUUUCCUCUCCCUGCUACCUAAAUGACUUGGCAGCAUUAGUUUUUCUGUGCGUGUUCGGUAGAUUAUUCGUUUUACCGAGCAGAGACCACCCUGGGUAGCAAUUAGAACGUAGAACACCAUGUUGCAACACGAAACCACAAGGUAAUUGAGUGCUCCUAGUUGGUCGCCAUUCAGCAUACGAAGACAUGGUGAGAACAAAGGAUGGCGGCCAUCUUAAACUCCCGAACGAGGCCAGCGGGACCUGGUCGUCGAGUGCCUGGAACUGUUUUCGGCAUGGCACUCGCACGAACUCCUGGACUUUAUGGAAGUCCCGUCUGACCUAUUUCUCCUUACAGUACAAGACCGACGUUCGGGAGUUUCAAUCAACCGAACGAUGGGAGCAUUCUCAUAUAACCAGCUAUAUUCUACCUAUAGUGGUUUUCGUAUAAUUCUGCACAAACGGAGACCAGCUCUUACUACCAAUUUCAUGGAACUCUAAAUCGGAUACAACCGCAUGGCGAGCCGGUCAAACUUCUACACGAUGCGACACGGAAACUACCGAACGGAUUUUCGUGCAAUUUGGAUAUAUGUUAGUAUCCUCAGCUACCCAGGGAUGUGGUUUUUGUAUCGUUAUAUCAUGUAAAAAGUAUAUUUCUAAAAAUGUUGAAAAUUGUUAAUAUUUCUGGCCAGCAGAUAAUUGAGUUUAGUAUGUUGCUGAAACUCAAUUAUCUAUCCUGGCCCAGAGGAGGAGCUUGUACUGUAUAAAUUAAAUGCCUGUUGCUUCCAGUAAAUCAGUCUUGUUCCAGUAUUAAGCUUUGGCUUGUGUGGAUUAUUUGGUGAUACCAGCAAUAUUUAUUCCUGUGGAUUCUAGGUGAUACUCUGCUAUUGGGAAAAGGAAUACUAGACGGGGAUACCAGUCACUACCGUCACAACGAUUAUGAUAUCACCAGUAAAAGUGCAGUUUUUGUGUAAAAAAAUGCAAAAAACAAAUAAAAAUGCUAACUUUGGCCAGCGUUUGUGGCUAAGUGGCUACUACAAAAGACUGGGCAUACCCCAUUUUGAAUACCGUGGGUUUUCUACUUUUACAAAUGGUGUGCCAUGAUAGGGUUCAUUUUCAUUCCUGGGCUGCUAUAUGUUCUCAGAGGCAACAUAGGCCCAGCAAACCAAUCUGGCAAAUUUCAAUGUGCAAACAUGGAAAAGGAGAAAGCCCUACAUUUGACCCCUGUAAGUUUGCAAAAACUCAUAAAACCUGUACAUUGGGGGCUCUGUUGUACUUGGGAGAUAUUGAUGAACACAUAUUGGGGUGUUCUUUGGCAGUAAUGCAUAACGGGAAUCCAUGCCUAAAGUACAAUGUGAGUGAAAAAUAACACAAAAAAUUACUACCCAAAAGGUUGACAAAGACUGGUAGUAGAAUUAGUGGAUGGAAAGUGUUAAAAUACCACCAUUUGAAAUACCCUAGGUGUCUACUUUUCAAAAAUAUAUGGUUUGAUGGGGGUAAAUUACAAAAUAGGACAUGGGUGCAUGAUAACCAGCUGGGAAAAUUCCAAGUUGGAAAACUGGAAUGCACACCCUCCAAAUAAGGUCUUUUAGCCCCCGGACAACCUGACACACCUAUACAUGGGUGGUAUCACUGUACUCAGGAGAUGUUAUAAAUCGCAAUAAUAAUAAUAAUGUUGAACACAUAUUGGGGUGUUCUUUGGCAGCAACCCUUAAAGUUCUCCGUACAUGUAUUAUUAAUAGAUUGGUGGUAAAAUGGCUGCAUUAAAAGAGUCAAAAUGCCCCAAGUUUAAUACCUUAGGUUUUCUUCUUUUAAAAAAUAUAUACAUGUGAAGGGUUAUUCAGGGAUUCCUGACAUAUAUUCGUGUUAAAGUUUGCGUUAGAAAAAAAAUGGUUUGGAAAUAGCAAAGUGCUACUUGUACUUAUUGCCCUAUAACUUUCCCAAAAAAGCUAAGAACAUGUUAACAUUGGGUAUUUCUAAACUCAGGACAAAAUCUUUAAACGAUUUAGCAUGUGUGUUUUUUGGAGGUUGUAGAUGCGUAACAGAUUUUUGUGGUCAAAUUUUGGAAAAAGUGUGGUUUUUUUAUUUUUUUUUAUUCUUUUCAUAUUUUAUAAUUUCUUUUAUAGUAAAUUAUAUGAUAUAAUGAACAUAAUGGUAUCUUUAGAAAGACCAUUUAAUGGCGAGAAACACGGUAUAUAAUAUGUGUGGGUACAGUAAAUGAGUAAGAGGAAAAUUACAGCUAAACACAAACACCGAAGAAAUUUCAAAACUGCCCUGGAUGACUGGAUUCAUGCGCACAUAGAAAUGUUUAUGAUGGUAUUUACCGUCCUGACAGGAAUAGUUGUGCCCAUCUGCAACCAUGCGCCCGGAUACCUGAUAAACCCAGAAUGUCUAGGGACACCGGCCGCCGAGGAUCUAUGUCACUUUAUGGCCCCAUGGCCGCCCACAUUGAUAAUGAUGUCGGCAUGCGUGUGACGUCACGCGCAUGCACGUUUUGGGGUCAAAGGUCGGUUACAACCAAUCGGAUAAACAGGAGGGUUAUUUAAACUAAUUUUUACAUUCUCUCAUUGCCCUGUCGUGGUUUCUGCCUGAUGGUAAUCAGAGAGUGUGUUCCUGAUCUUGAUAUUUUGGUAUUUGACUUUUUGCAUUGUUCUGACUUCCUUGAUUUUUGGUAUCCUUGACUUUUGGUUUUCCCUCAUUGUUGUGUCCCAUUCUGUGUCCCUGACCUCGGCAAGUAUCCUGACUAUUCUUUGGUACGUUAAGUCCGGCCAUUCUAAGUCCCGGUAACAGGUUACCUUUUAGUCCUAGGUGUGAUACAAUUCUGCGUGCUGGAUCAAGGUCUGGUUACUAAAUGGUUAAAUUGCAGGGUUAAAAUUACAGGUCCACUAUACCCAAACCACUUUGUUGAAAUGAAGUUGUCUGGGCUUCUUUAGUGUUCCUUUAAGUCACAAUACGCAUAAAUUGUUCCUCUUGGCUUUUCUUAAAGAAAUUCAAUCAAGGUGAACAGAGCAGGGAAUCCCUCUACUCUAUGUUUGGGGAAAUUUCAGUAAGUGAGGAGUUAAGGGAUUCCCAGCUCUUGUGCGUUCGUCUAUGUUCGGGGAAAUGUCCCUGAACACAGACAUGUGCACUAAAGCGGGGAAUCCCUUAAUCUAUGUUCGGGGAAAUUUCCCCAAACAUAGAUUAGACGGAUUCCCUUCUCUGUUGUGUUUGUCUGUGUUCAGGGACAUUUCCCCCGAAGAUAGACGAACGCAGCAGAGGAGGGAAUCCCUUAAUUCCUCACUUACCGACCAAUUUGUUCUACGACCGGGUCGUGGAAACGGAACCCAGACAGUAAGUGAGGAGUGUUUGGAUCUUACCGUGUUUAAGUAAGUGUUUUAAAGCAUACAAAAACCAUAGUUUGAAAAUAAACUCAGACUACAGUAUGAACUGAAUGUCAGAAAACAUUUAAUGUUUUAAGCUUUCUUUUAAUAUAGAUCAGUAAUGUGAUAUAGUUUUAGUAAUGUCUCACGUGUAAUUAAUAGUAUUUCGUUUUAGUAUUCAUCUUUAUUAAAUCUUUGCACUUUACAGUAUAUUGAAAUAUAUUGAGAAACGUAGCAAAAUGAUUAUAAAUAAUAUAAUAGCAUGUAAAAUUGGAGAGAGAAUGCAGAGUCGUAAAGUGAAUUCUUGUCUUGUUACUGUGGGAAAUUUGCACUAUAGAGAAUAUCUUAUUACUCUAGCUGCUUUUCUAUCAAGGUUAAUGGGUUAUGCAAUGUAUUCAUGUGAAUUUGAAUUACAGAAUGUACCUUUUAAUGCAAAUUUUCACACAUAUCAAGUUGUGUUUUUUUUUUCUUUCUAAAAUUGAAGGGUCCAGUUUCCCUUUCUUUUUUCCUGCUGAACAUUUUCAGUAACUAGUGAUUUGUUAUGCCUUAAAAACAUAGCUACAAAGUAUUGGCCAAUAUAACAGAGUUGUAAAAAGCUCUAACUUGUCAAUUUUGGCCUGUGUGUGUGUUAUUUUAUUUUCUUGUUUUUUUUUUUUUUAAACUCCCCUUUCACUCAACAUGACUCUGUUUAGUAAAAAUCCAAAAUCCCACUCUUGGGAUACAGCAAAAGAUGCAGUCUAUAGUAGAUUGGGCGUAAUGCUUGUGAUUUACGCCCUUUCCAAGGUAUAUAAGUCACUGGAGAACCCACCAGGCUGGCCUAUCGUGGCAGUUAUUAACUGUGUUUGGUGUUGAUCUCAUUUUACUGUUGCAUCUGGGAUGCAAACAGGCAUGUUAAUUUGUAACAAAACCUUGCCUUGUAAGAGUGAUGUGAACGCAAGAAAAUAUUAUAUCCUUGCUUUUGUCAGUCUUUGUCCAAGAUACUAACUUUCACUGACCCAGCUGAAAAUACUAAUGGCCGAAUUGUGGCUUCAUAUGCAGUCUAAUGGCAGUGGUGUCAGACGUUUGAUGGGUGUCUUAAAAUAAUCAUACCAUACUAUAGAACAAGAAACGGUGUAGUUUUUAGCUAGCUUCCUCCAAAUACGUCCUGACCUCAAAAUACUAUUCUAUUUAUGUCAGAUGUUCCGUUAAAUGAUGUACUGAAAAACAAGUUUAUUGAUGGUGUAUACUGUAACUAUUUGAUUUUCUUAACAGAAUGAAUUUUCAAAUGGAGAUUUAUUAUUGGUCCGUAUUACACCAGAUGAAGAAGGAAAAUUUGGAUUCAACCUGAAGGUAAGGUGCAAUUUACUGUUGCUUUUUGUUGUAACUGUGCAUAAAUAAUUUCCUGAUAGUUUUCUGUUGGUAUUCACAAUGUAUUUGUAUAUUAUUGGUAUUUAACUUGUAUAAUAAUUACAAAUUAAAUGUUCCACACUGCAGACAUCAUGGGGAAUUUUAGGAAGUUAAGUACAUUUUGUUUACAUAUAGAUACAAUAGUAAAAACUAAAAGUAAAAAGUAAAAUAAAAAAACAAACUCUGUAAAAUAUUUAUCGCUUUCAAUUACUUUGCAGGGAGGUGUUGAUCAGAAAAUGCAGUUAGUGGUAUCCAGGAUAACUCCAGGUUCCCCGGUAAGUCUUACUUUGCCCUUGUGUUCUCUAUAAACCUACAGUAUACAGCAUACAUACGUCUUGUAUAGAGUGAGUCAAAGGCUAUAAACCACCCAAAAUCAUGUAUGACCAUUAAUUUUAGAUUAAUUUCAUCAUUCCCAUUAUGUAAUAGACCAAUGGGUGUACUUCUGAUGAAUGUUAUCUUAGUGGUCAUCUUGAAUACAUUGUCUUACAGAUAACUGGAUGGGUCCUGAUCUUCGACUCAUCUUCUAUGGUUAGAAUUGCUAUGUUUCUACUAACUACAGUAUUGAAUUGUGUAACUCCAUCUCAUUCCCUUUGAUAAGUAUCCAUAUAACUUCUUACUUUACAAUGAAGAGAGAUCACUGGACAUUACAUUCCUGUGGUUUCUUACAUGAUACUCCCACACUGCAAACUCUUUGCCCCAUGCUGACAGAAUACACAAUUUUAGAAUAAAACAAGUUUAAAUUGUCUCAAACAUUCUAGCACACAAGUAACAGGGUUUACAUUUUUAUAUCUGCAAUGCAUGGCAUAUUAUUAUUAUUUAUUUAUUUUUUGUGUGUGUUUGUACCAAUAAUACCCCUCUGGAAAAACAAUGAAUCAUCUACAAGUAAAGUUAACAAUGGUACCUCUUUUUUUAAUAAGUUCAUACAAAGACCUACCCCCAUUAACAAAAAAAUCCCUGAAAGUCAAAUAUUUACAUACAAUUUCCAAGACUUAAUAGUACAUAACUGUUUAAAAAUCAGAAUGAAUCAGAAACAAUGGACUUAAAUUAGAUUUAAUAUAUCUUGUACAGUGAGGGGGAAAAAAGUAUUUCAUCCCCUGCUGAUUUUGAAUGUUUGUCCACUGACAAAGAAAUGAUUGGACUAUAAUUUUAAUGGUAGGUGUAUUUUAACAGUGAGAGACAGAAUAACAAACAAAAAAUCCAGACACAUGCAUGUCAGAAAAGUUAUUCAUUGAUUUGCAUGUCAAUGAGUGAAAUAAGUAUUUGACCCCUUCGACUUAGUACCCCUUCGAUAUAUGUUUCCUUUCUUCCCUUUUUUGUAAUACAUUGUAGAAAUAAGGAAAUUUGGCCAUAAGAAGGCCUCUUAAGAGAGAAAUGUGCUCUCUUCCUGCAUUAUAAUGCCAAUAAUAGCUGUACCGUUUAGUUUCCUUCACUUAUAAGACGUUUUUUUAGCUUUACAAUAUUACUUUGCCAGUUUGUUUACCCUUUAAGCACAGACUAGGGACAUUUAGUGGCAAUGAGAUAGAUACUAUUUAUUUAGUGGAUAGGACCCUCGAAGACCCGAUAGGGCAUUGUUAGAUAAUGUUUACUUAUUGAUAAUUAAUUGGGGACUGAGUCUCUCUUUCUCUUUAGUAAAUAUCCACUAUUUAUCUCUAUUAUUACAUUUAUAAAGUGUUGCACUGUUUCCCUGAUUUUUCCGGUGGUGUAAAGUUUGUCUCCUUGAAAUUCUAUAAUUGAGAUAUUUUAAAUACUCAUAAUAGUAGACUUUUAAUAAACAGCAACAAUUUAAAUGACACUUUUUCUUGUAAACUUGUUGCACAAAAUGAUUUGGAUAAUUGCUUUGUUUUUAUCUUGCAUCUUGUCAUUUUAUCUUAACGUUGUUUCAUUCUAUACUUCUGACACACUUCUAAUGGGAGACUAUUAGUUUCACACUAGUCUGGAACUGGGUAAAGCCUAAUACUAAUAUUUCUAUUGCUAUCGAAGUGCCGAAUUUCAUAAUUUAUUUAGUUGUUUAAAUUAAUUUUCAAAGACAGACUAAUAAAAGCUAAAUUUAAAAUACACACACACGCCACACACCACUCACCACACAAACACACACACACACACUCUCUCUCUCUCUCUAUCUCUCUCUCUCUUCUAGGAAAUAGCUUUGUUCUGUCGAAUGUGGAUAAUCCAUUAGAAAUCCAUAUAAAUAAAAAAUAAAGAAAAUAAACUGUUUUUAAAAUACACUUUUAAAUUGUAAAUAUUUAUCAAAGAUAAGAAAAUAAAAAGGCAAAAAAAUGAGGCAGAGAUUUUUUUUUUUAAAUUAAUAGUAGCCAUCCCAUAAACCCCUCACAACAACACAAACCGCUUCUGCCAACUUUACCACCAACAUAUAUUAUAAUAAAAAUUUAAAAAGAAAGAGAUCAUUUUUUUUCAAGGAAAUAGAAAGAAACCUCCUAAGCCAACUCGGUGCAUUGCUUAUACUGAUCUAGUGUAUACAAAUGCCUCCAUUAAAUGUAUCUCCUUAUUAUAGUUGAAACAUUCCUCAAUGUGGGUGUACUAGUUGUCUUUCAAUUCAGAGAUGUGUAUACAUUUUUCAUUUUUUCUAGAUAACAAAUCUACAUUAUGAUCUAUAAUAUAUAUUUAUAACUGUAUGAGGAUAUAAGCAUAUACUCUCAUCUUCUCUUACUGUCGUGUGUCUAUUUGCAUGAUCACAUUAUUCUAGAAAUAAAUAUAUGUAAUAUUAAUGGUAUUAUUGGUGAAUAAACAUUCUGGAGCCUGUUUGUUGAUCAUGAAAACUCACAGUAUCUGUGGGAGUAGAAAUGUGUUCAGAAAGAGGACUUGUGCUUAGAAGGAAGGAUGUUCGAAUACUAUGAGCAAUUUUAGUGAGCCAAUCUUUUAAAAAUGGUGACUUACAGGGUUAUUUAUUAAAGUGAGAAUUUAAAGCAAAUUUCACAUUUAAGGCUAAGUUAACCAAACUGACAACAUAGCUGACUUAGAAUAUUUUUCCAGUUGACCUUAAAUUUGAAAUUCAUUUAGAAUUCUCACUUUAGUGAAUAUUCGUGUUCUGUAGAUACAUUAUACUAAACAAAGUUUUUUAGAAAAAUAUGGGCAAAAGGGUGGAGAGUUCUUCUAAAUGUUGUACAGGCAUGGGAGAAUAGACGAGAGAAUGAAGAUAAAAAUAUCAUAACAUAAUAACAUGAUUAUUUUUUUGUGUUUAAAUAGGCGGACAAAUGCAACCCUAAACUUAUUGAAGGCGAUCAGAUUGUGCUGAUCAAUGGUCGUGAUAUAUCAGAGCACACGCAUGACCAAGUUGUAAUGUUCAUAAAAGCCAGUCGAGAAUCUCAUACACGGGAACUUGCACUGCUGGUUAGGCGGAAAGGUAAGCAUUGCAAUUUUGGAGCUUUUGUAAAAUGGGUUAAAGCAAAGCAAGACACACAAUUUUGUAAUUCUGGUAUACACUGUGAGUAUUAUUUCCUUGAAACUGCUCAGCAGUUUGGCAGCUGAGUAAACACUAUAUGGUUAAAAGUAUUGGGAUACCUGAUUAUUAUACCAACAGGGACUUUUUAUCAUUACAUUCUUGCAUUCAUUGCAUUAGUAUGUAGUUGGUCUCAUCUUUGCAGCUAACAGCUUCCACUCGAGAUUUUUCUUUGGGAAUCUUUGCCAAUUCAUACAGUAAAGCAUGUAUAAGGUCAGGCACUGAUGUUGGAUGAAAAGACCUGGCUUGCAAUUUCUAUUCAAGUUCAUACCACAGUUGCUCGAUGGGAUUCAAGUUAGGGCUUUGUAAGGGCAAGUCAAGUUCUUCCACAUCAAACUCCUCAAACCAUGUCUUUAUGGCUUUGUGCACUUGGGCUUUGUGCACUUCCCCAAUCUAUUCUCACAAAGUUGGAAGCAUAACAUUGUCCAAAAUGUCUUGGUAUGCUGAAGCAGAAACAGAUAUUAAGAUAUCCAUUCAUUGGAAGUAAUGGUCCUAGACUAACCCCUGACAAACAGCCAUAUACCAUUAUCCUUCCCCUACCAAAUUUUACAGUUGGCACAAUGCAGUCAGGCAGUUAACAUUCUCCUGGCAUGCACCAAACCCAGACUCACCCAUCAGACUGCCAUACAGACAGGGGUGUAUUUACUCAGAGGAAAACAAGGCAUUUGCCUUGGGCUGCACUUUUUUUGGGGGGGGGGGCAAAAAAGCCACACCCCCAAUCACCCUGGCAAAUGCCUUGCCAGCCUCUUAUCCUGGCGGUAUACAUACAAAAAGAAGUUAGGUGGUUAGGUGUGGCUGGUUUUUCAAGUAUUUUGUCACUGUAGGAAACAAAUAAACAUGGCCGAAGCCUAGUGCAAUACAGUAUGGUCUAAUACAUAGACAAAUAUAUGAUUCUAGUGAUGUAGUACUCACAAAGAUGGAGCCAAUAUGAGAGGCUCACAACAAGUGCAGAUAGGGAUGUUGGAAGGGACCCCAUUCCUUUUUGAUGCUUUAGGAGUCUUCUUGUUCGCCCAAUAACUUCACUGAAUAUAGGCUCCAAUAUCAGGAAAUUCGUUAUUGGCAUGAAGCAAAAAAAAAGUAUAAAACAAAAAAUGAAAAGAAAUAAAUAAUAAAGUAAGAUAAAAAUAGUAGAAAUGGGUACAAUGAAUAAAGUCCAAAUAGUAUAUAAAAACUUGCUAGACGCGUUUCGUCCAGGCCCGGACUGGCCAUCGGGCACACCGGGCAAAUGCCCGGUGGGCCGCGGUGGCCAUGGGCCGAGGCCGGCAGGGGAGGUCCCAGGAUCUCCCCUGCCGGUCUAUGCAGGGCCGGCACUCUCCUAGCGCCGGCCCCGCUGUUUGUCACGACGGGCCGGUGGGGAGAUCAAGGAUCUCCCUGACCGGCCCACAUGCGGCCGCCGGCGGGGAGGGAGGGAGGGAGGGAGCCAGCCAGCCAGCCAGGCUGGAGAGAGGACCCGGCGGAGCACUAACUUGCAGCUCCGCCGGGUUCCUCUCGCGAGAUCCGGCGCGUUGCCAUGGCAACAACCGGAUCUCGCGAGAGUGAACUCUAGCCUCACAGGCUAGAGUUCACUCACCCACGAGGACCACCAGGGAACACCGCGUGCCGGACCCCCCCUCCCAGUCCCAGCGUGCCGGUCCCCCCCCUCCCUUCCAGGCUAAAGGUAAGAAGGGGGGGGAGGGGGAAUAAUGCCUGUUUUUUUUAUUUUUUUAUUUACCCCCCCCUACACACACACACACAAUAACAUUUAUACAGCACUCUCACACCCAUCACACACAGCACUCUCUCCCACAGCACUCUCACCCAUCACACACAGCACUCUCACACACAUUACACACAGCACUCUCACACACAGCACUCUCACCCAUCACACACAGCACUCUCACCCAUCACACACAGCACUCUCACACACAUUACACACAGCACUCUCUCACACAGCACUCUCACACCCAUCACACACAGCACUCUCUCACACAGCACUCUCACACCCAUCACACACAGCACUAUCACACACAGCACUAUCACACACAGCACUAUCACACACAGCACUAUCACACACAGCACUCACACCCAGCACUCUCUUACCCAUCACACACAGCACUCUCACACCCAGCACUCUCACACCAUCACACACAGCGCACUCUCACAGAGCACUCACACACACACAGCACUCUCACACCCAUCACACACAGCACUCUCACAGAGCACUCUCUCACACCCAUCUCACACAGCACUCUCACACCCAUCACUCACACACGGCACUCUCACACACAUCACACACACACACGGCACUCUCACACACAUCGCACCCUCACACACACACAUACACCGCACCCUCACACACACACAGAACCCCCCCAACACACUGCACCACACACAUACACAAUACUUCCAAAUAUAUAAAUAUAUAUAUAUAUACAUACACACACACACACACACACACACACACACACACACACAUACAUACAUACAUAUACAUACACACACUACACUCUUAAAGGACCACUCUAGCCACCCAGACCACUUCAGCUUAAUGAAGUGGUCUUGGUGCCAGGUCCUUCUAGGGUUAACCCAUUGUUUUAUAAACAUAGCAGUUUCAGAGAAACUGCUAUGUUUAUCAAUGGGUUAAGCCUUCCCCCAAAGCCUCUAGCAGCUGUCUCAUUGACAGCCGCUAGAGGUGCUUGCGUGCUUUUCACUGUGAAAAUCACAGUGAGAGCACGCAAGCGUCCAUAGGAAAGCAUUAUAAAUGCUUUCCUAUGCGACCGGCUGAAUGCGCGCGCAGCUCUUGCCGCGCGUGCGCAUUCAGCCGACGGGCGGAUCGGAGGAGAGCUCCCCGCCCGGCGCUGGAAAAAGGUAAGUUUUAACCCCUUUCCAGAGCCGGGCGGGAGGGGGUCCCUGAGCCACAUAUGCAUCACAUUACACCACAAACACAACACGACUAAAACCGACCUUAUUACACAAUACCACACCACGACCAGCUCACUCUACACACACCGCAAUACCACAAGCAGGCUCCAAACACAUGCACAAUACUCUGUCCUGGCCUUUUGUCUCCUGGUAUCCAUUUAUAGAGACACCAGAGACAAGUUGCAAGGAAACACAGUGCAAGCAUGUUAUUAAAUUUGCUUGCACUGUGCAGAACAAAUACAGGACUUUUUUCUCAUGCUAGAGCUCUUCAGCAGAGCUCUGCGCAUGGUCUGCCCUGGAAGAGCAUUGAACCAACAUGCUCACUUUGAGAGGAGGCGUGUUUGUCAUUGGUGAUGACAAAACACACCUCCUCUGCCCCGCCCCCUUUUUAGUGGGCCGCUGUGUUAAAAAAAUGCCCGGGCCGAAUUUUUCUCCCAGUCCGGCCCUGGUUUCGUCUGUUAAAAAAGCUUUGUUGAGACCUGCAGUGGUUAUGGUACUGCGGUCUUCUAUUCCUUUCCCAAUAGCUGAGCAUAAGUGAAUAUAACUGCAGUUAGGAGGUAGAGGAAUAGAGUAGAUAAAUGCAGCUUCCAAGAUGAUUCUCCCCAGCAAGUAAAAUAUUUCCCAAGCAUGAGCCUAGACUUCAUAAAUGUGUAACAGGAAUAACUUUUAUUGAUGCCACACUGGCUUUUAUGAGAAUCCUCCCUCAAGAGGACCUCCCACAGUAAACAAAGACAAUAACCAAUCAGCAUACAGAUUUACAGUAACAACCGCCCUCUCUCUGCCUGGGAGAGAUUGAGAUAAGUUAAGGAAUAACCCAAUUAUCUCCAGGCAGAGGGCACACAAUUUCCCCAAAAAUUAGAACACCCCUUUACACACAAGGUAUCCCCACAAAUUACAUAUCCCCUGAUAGCCCUGAUCUGGGGGACCAACAUAUUCAAAUUUCACCCAGAUCGGUUCAGGGGUUCUCAAAAAGUAUGGAAGUCAUAAGUUACCGACCAGACAUGAGGCUACUUCCCAAAACAGUUCUACGAAUUCGGCGUGUGCGGUCGGUCAAUUCAGUAAAUGGCAUAAAAACAAAUAAAGUCCCGAAUGGAUCCUCCUGGCUCAUAGCAGCGAUUGCUCCCCUUGUUCGUAUGAACCAAACUACCGAAUGGCGCUCUCCUGGCUGUUUGGCAACUAAAGGAAGCGGUGGUUUGGGAGGUCGAGUGUCCGAUUUUAGUUCCAGACACUCGACGACCAAGGCCACCGUUUUCUGUUCCACGUGGCAUUUGGCUAUACGAAUGGCGGCCGCCCAGAGAGUGGUUCUUUUUGAAGUUAAUGAGCCAGGAGGGUGGUCGGUGUUCGGUAGUUUUAAACUGCCAAACCAAUAAAUCCAAAAUGAACGAAAUGUUGCAGAAAAGCACGAACACAGAAGAAAAUGCCGAAACUCAGUCUAUUUUCUUCACAGGCGUCUUCAGUUGCUUGUAGAUCUUUUCCAGCGUUUGGUUUUUUUUGUAUGCCUCUCACUGAUUGCUCAUUGUGGUCACCUGAUGUUGCCGACCGGUUCCGUCUCUUUUUGAUGACGCAGAUCUUCGCGUCUCUUCCUGAUGACGUUGGUACAUUCAGUCCGUAUUUGGAACGCAUUCUUGCGUUUCACAGUCCAAAUAAACUUUAUUGUUCUUAACAAUAUUGUAUAUUUCAUAUAUGAAUAUCGGAGAAAGGAAAAAAAGGAGAUCAUUAUAUUGUUUUUUUUUUUUACUAUUUAUAAUAGAAAUCUCAAAACAUGCAGAAAGCGUUAAGUAUAAGAGUACAUAAGACUUAUACAAGUGUUUCAGUAAUUGUACAUAUUUUUAAUGCAUAAAACCAAUAGAUCAUUACAUUAUAUAUUAAAGGUACACAAAGUGUCAUGCUCUAUAUUGCAUAAAGUGCUUAAUAUAUUUAAAAGCUGUAGUGAAAGUGUAUAAGGUGUCAAACUCUAUAUUUAAAAGGUGCUUAAUAUAUUGAAAAGCUGUAAUAAUGCUCCUAAUGUUUAAGUCAGUUUAAUAGAUCAUUAAAAAUUACCAUCUGAACUUUGUGGGUUACACAGCAGGACUUUGUAUUUAUUUUGAAUCUUAUCCUGGGGGGCCCAGGAGCUGGCCGGGUGGCCACCUCAGGGCCCCCCUGGCUGGCAGCGGUGGAACUUUCCGGGCAGGUGGCGAGGGAGCACUAAUCCUCCUGUUCAGCUCCCUUGCGCCCACCGCAGUGAUGCCGGAGUAUGACAUCAUUCCAGCCCCAGCAUCACUACACAGCGUGCGAGGGAGCUGAACAGGAGGAUCACUGAUCCCUCACCGCCUGAAGUCACCGGCCGGCCAGCAGCCCCACUGGACCUCAGGGACAGUGAUAAUACACCCCAGCAUUCCCAAAGGUAGGGAGGCUGGGAGGAUUGCAUUUUUUUUUAAAAAUGUGAGUGUGUUAGUGUGUGUGUGGGUCUGUAAGUGAGUGUGUGUGUGUGUUUGUCUGUUAGUGUGUGUGUUUGUCAUCUGUUAGGGAGUGUGUUACUAUGUGUGUGUCUGUUAGUGUGUGUGUCUGUCGUCUGUUAGGGAGUGUGUUACUAUGUGUGUGUCUGUUAGUGUGUGUGUCUGUCAUCUGUUAGGGAGUGUGUUACUAUGUGUGUGUCUGUUAGUAAGUGUGUAUGUUAGUGUGUUUGUAUGCAUGUCUGUUAGUGAGAGUGUAUGCGUGUCUGUCUCUGUUAGUGAGUGUGUUAGUAUGUGUGUCUGUUAGUGAGAGUGUAUGCGUGUCUGUUAGUGAGUGUGUAUGUCUGUUAGCUAGUGUAUGUGUGUCUGUCUGUGAAAGUGUGUGUCUGACACUGAGUGUAUAUGUGUCUGUCAGUAAGUGUGUAUGUGUAUUUAGAAGAGCGGGAGGGGGAGGAGUGCAUGCGUUUUGUCAUGCCUAGGGCAUACACCACUGCAUACAGAGAAGUGUGAUUAGUUGCUCCAGAGUUCAGUGGUGACAUGCUUUACACCACUCAAUCGAUGCUUGGCAUUGUACUUGGUGAUGUGAGGCUUGCAUGCAGCUACUUGGCCAUGGAAACCCAAACUCUUCCAGUUUUCAAUGAUAACACUUACAGUUGACUGUGGAAUAUUAGGGAUGCAGGGAUGAAAUUUCGCAAACUGACUCAUUGCAAAAGGUGGCAUCCUAUCACAGUAUCACGCUUAAAGUCACAGAGCUCUCCAUUUUUCACAAAUGUUUCUGAAUGCAGACUGCAUGGCUACGCACCUAAUUUUAUACACCUGUGGCAAAGGGUCUGAUUAAAACACCUGUAUUCAAUAAUUAAGAGGUGUAUCUCAAUAAGUUUGUCCAUAUAGUGUAUGUUGCAUGCUGGAUAACGUAACCAUCAGUUCAGUAUCUUGCUUCAUAUCAUAACUCUAUAACUGGAAUACUGUGUAGAGUAAACAUAGAAGCAUAGAAUGUGACGGCAGAUAAGAACUAUUCGGCCCAUCUAGUCUGCCCAAUUUUCUAAAUACUUUCAUUAGUGUUGUGGUCGUGACCUAAAUAUGAAUAUUAAUCUCUUAAUACAUAAUAAUUAAGCAAUACGGAACAACAUUAAUAUUUUUAUAAUUCAUGGUAUUAUGGUCGAAUAUGUGGAUAGAAAAUACACAAAACGUUGUAAUAUUAAAUGUAUAUUUAAUAUAACUAUAACAAAUAAACAUAUGCUAGCAGAAUGUCAAUUUACUACAAUAAUGAUUAUAUAACUAUAAUAAAUAAACAGAUGCUAGCAGAAUGUCAAUUUACUACAAUAAUGAUAAUACAAAACUACAACAUAUUACUUACAAAAGGUUGCUACAUGUUACACAACAUUUUACUUACAAGGCCCCAGCCCUUUGGCUGGGGUUAAGUCAGAGCUGGUACUACAUCUUAGGUUCAGUCAGGUACAGGCAAAGAGACAGAGUUUUCUCCUCCAUCUGGUUUUAUUCAGUGUAAGUAGGCUGGCCUGUGAUGUCACUGCCAGAAGCACAUGUCUUCCUACACACUCCCCCUAGUGGUGCCCCCAAAGCAUUACACUAAAUAUGCUUUCUUUAUGAUGAAAAGUCAUUAAUUAAUAAAUACCAUUACAAACCACCCUUUGACUUAUGUCAUAAAACAAGCAUUUAUAAAACCAGUACAUUUUGAAUCUUCCCCAUUUUAACACUACCUGCCCUACAACAAAACCCACCUUUUGAAGAACGAUACCCAUUUACCCAUUAAUUAUUACCCAUUAACAUUUUAUUGCUUAUAUAAAUGUUCACCAUUGAGCACAUGCAUUACCAGUUGGGAAAUAGGCACAUACCCACCCUUAUAAUAAUGAACAACUCAAACCAUGUUUUAUUAGAUUAACCAAUGAUAUUGUGUUCAUGUGAGGAUGUGUUUUGGAGCUUAAUAUAGUAUUAGACACCACAAACUCAUAACACCUAUGAAUCAUUGCAUAGACCGACUCGAUUUCUGUAGCCUUUGGCUGGUCUGUGUGCCUGGAAUUUUCACAAACAUUAGUCCUGGAAACUGGAUACUCUAUUCUUCGACAGUCUCAUAGAACAUACGCAUGGAGACAGGGAUGAAUGAAACAGUUCGUGUGAUCGAGGACUUUUGUGUGUUUGUGGUCACAUUGUUUUGUUUUUUUCUUUCUUUAUUCCAUUAACCACCUUGACGUAACAGUUUCCUGCUCCUGAUGCAUUUUGUUCCGACUCUCACCACUCUUAGCUGCAAUAUUUUUUCUCCUUACAGCAACAGUUGAGCAUAGUGUCCAGUGCUGCUUCUUCUUCUUCUGCUUAAAAUAUCCUUGCUUGAAAGUUCUUGAAUGAAAACACAGGCAAUGACGAACACAAACAUAAAUAAUAACUGUGCCAAUCAUCACAAGUACCAUUUGAUUGUGGUGUCUUAACCAUAUUUUUUCCUAUGGCGUUUGGAUAAAUACCUACACACCUCUCUUCACAUCCAGCACACUCCUGAUUCACAGAUAAACACAAUAUCACUGCUGUAUCUACCAAUUUAACCCAAACACUCGUUAUUACUGUUGCAUUUACCAAUUUAAUCUAAACAUUAACCAAAACAAUUACAUUCCUAUUUACCACCCUUCUAUUUAAACAUGUAUAGAUAACCCAAAAUGCCUACUUUCUCUUAUCCCUCUUAUCAUUCUUCCGUUUUUGUUUUGUUUUUUUUUAACUGCAACCACUCAUGCACUUUACACAGACACAAAUCAAGCACCUACUGGACAAUGGGGUUCCCUCGUUAGAGCCCUCCCACCCCAGUUUGGUUUACACAAAAAUACCCCCUGGUCCCUAUUGGUCAAUUCCCCCCUUUCCCAGGCAAGCAUACAUACAACAAUAAUACAUAAGGGUUUCAAUUGCAAUACAAUCACUAGAAAUAAGAGAAUAGUAUGCACAAAAUCAUAGCAUAGACAUGUUAAAUAGACAAUAAAAUAAAACAUUCAAUAGCUCAUCAAAGGUCAACAUUUAAACACUGGUCUCCAUCUGAUAUUCUAUCUGUGUUCCAAUGUCCACCUCUGGUUUCUGCUACAUCUGAAAAGGUUAGGAAACAGAUCAGGAUUACUUUCCUAGUCACUUAUAGCGUAUACUGCAAAUAUUUUACUUAGUAUAUAUAUAUAUAUAUAUAUAUAUAUACACACACACACACACACAUACAUACAUACAUACAUACAUAUAUAUAUAUAUACACAUACAUACACACACACAGACAUGUAAACACAUUCCUUCAGCUUUUCAUUUUAUAAACAAUUUUUUUCAACAAGAUAACUUUCUUAAUUUUUUUUUUUUUUUUUUACAAGGCUCUUAAAAAACAAUAAGCUAAUAGCUGCUUUCUGCAUCUUCUCUGCAAUUCAGGAAACACAUUUCUAGCCAACCUAAACAUGUUUAAUAACUCUCCACCCUUUGGUUAAAUUAUAGAGGAGUGAACCACAACACCUCUUCCGCCUCUGAAAGGAUAUAGGUCAAUAUGUCUCAAAGUUCAACACUUCUGACAGCUAUGAGUGACUCCCUAUUAAUUUCUAGCCUUUCCACGGACAUGCUUGCACCUCGCGGCUAAGGGCCUGCACAACUAACCACCCUGUGAUGGCAGUGGCUUUCCGCAUGGGGGUGACCGCCCCCGCAAAAUUAUAGAGGAGCAAACAUACAGCAGCCUCUUUUCCGGCUCGAUUAAAGGUUCUGGGACAAUAUGUCUGCAAUUUAACCAGUACACUCACGUAUCACUUAUUGUAUAUUUCCUGGUCUCUCAGGAAUUUCUAUUAAAUAGCGUAUCCCCUUCCCAGGGCAAUAUACAACAAAAACUAGUCACCAAGGGUCUCUAUGGUCAUGAUAGGCCGCCCUACCACUAGUGUAAUACGCCCUUUUUUAAAAUAUAUUUCCUGGUCUCUCAGAGAUUUUGCCUAUCCCUUUCCCAGAGCAAUAUAUAUAAACAAUUACAAAUAAGUUACAAAACGCUACUUAUAAGUAAUAAAGGGUUUCAAAUAAUAAUACAGGAUAGAACUGCACAACAACUAUUGGGUAUGCUCCCCCUUAUCCGGACAUGUUUAAAUACCCCCUAGCUCAGGUUCCCCACUCGCUACUGUAACUAAAAUCACAGCCCUUGUUAUGGAGGUUCACCCGCUAGGCAGAUACACCCUAAGUCAAAGCAUGGAAAUAUUAAAAUCAGUUAUAGAUGGCUUCUAAAAUAAUAUAAAUCUUAAUCUGAGCCCCUACACUUACUUUGUUAAAAAUGCUAACUUGUUAAAAUAUUCAGACUAAAUAGGACAAAGGAAUUAUUUUACCAUUUUUUCAGUUAAUUUGUUACCAGUUCCUGCAUAUGUCCAGUAAUUCCUUAGUCCUGGAUAAUAAAGCUGAAAAACACUCCACAAAUUGAUUAGUUUAGGCAAUUACAUUUACAAAACAAUGCAGUUUAUUUUUUCUCAUACAGGCAAGACUACCCACCCCCAACAAGGACAAAUUCUCCCCCAGCUGUAGCUGAAAAGCAUGGUCACACAGCUGUUAAAAAGGUGGUCUCUCCUUCAUGAGUCAAAAUCAUAUAUAUAUUUAUACUAAAAUUCUGUGUAUACGCACACAUAAAUCUAUUAUUCACUGAAUCUGCUUUACUAAACAUAUCUUUUUCUUAACUACUAAUUUACUAGACAAAUCCAUGAAUGCCAAACAAAUGUAAAUUAGUACACAAACAGGGUCAAAUUUUGCAAUAAAACCUGGUGAACUAGUUUAGUGAAAAGUCUUUUCCUAUGCAAAUGGUAGCAAACAAUAAAACUAGGCCUCAACUCAUUCACAUCAUGUGGUCAAUGGUGGAUUAAAAUCCACAUGGUCAGACAAAAGGUAAAGUAUAUAUAAGUUUUCUCCUAUAUACAAAUGACCAAAGAUUGGUAACAAGCAACACAAUAAUUCAUCACUAUGUUCUACAACAAGAUACCUUAAAAACAAAUAUCUAAUCCCUAUCUGCUAUCUGCAUUCAUUCCAUUAAAACCAAAUCAUCAUUCAUUUAUUCAUUUGUAUACAGACAGACAAUUUACUGUAUUAUUUAAGCAAAAUGCAUAACAUUUAUAUUUUCCCCAAUAUUCAAGCAUAAUCCUGCCGACUACGCCAAAUGUUGUGGUCGUGACCUAAAUAUGAAUAUUAAUCUCUUAAUACAUAAUAAUUAAGCAAUAAGGAACAACAUUAAUAUUUUUAUAAUUCAUGGUAUUAUGGUCGAAUAUGUGGAUAGAAAAUACACAAAACGUUGUAAUAUUAAAUGUAUAUUUAAUAUAACUAUAACAAAUAAACAGAUGUUAGCAGAAUGUCAAUUUACUACAAUAAUGAUAAUACGAAACUACAACAUAUUACUUACAAAAGGUUGCUACAUGUUACACAACAUUUUACUUACAAGGCCCCAGCCCUUUGGCUGGGGUUAAGUCAGAGCUGGUACUACAUCUUAGGUUCAGUCAGGUACAGGCAAAAAGAGAGUUUUCUCCUCCAUCUGGUUUUUAUUCAGUGUAAGUAGGCUGGCCUGUGAUGUCACUGCCAGAAGCAUAUGUCUUCCUACACACUCCCCCUAGUGGUGCCCCCAAAGCAUUACACUAAAUAUGCUUUCUUUAUGAUGUAAAGUCAUUAAUUAAUAAAUACCAUUACAAUUAGUCCCUAGCCUCAUCUUAUAGUUAGGAUAGCCUUAUGCCUAUACCACGCAUGCUCAAACUCCUUUACUGUGUUAAUCUCUACCACUUCAGCUGGAAGGCUAUCCCAUGCAUCUACUAUCCUCUCAAUAAAGUAAUACUUCCUGAUAUUAUUUUUAGUUUGCCCCUCUAAUUUAAGAGCAUGUCCUCUUGUUGUGGUAACUUUUCUUCUUUUAAAUAUAGUCUCCUCCUUUACUGUCUUGAUUCCCUUUAUGUAUUUAAAUGUUUCUAUCAUAUCACCCCUGUCUCGUCUUUCCUCCUGAUGCAAUCCAUGAGCCAGUUUAGUAGCCCUUCUCUGAAUUCUCUCUAAAGUAUCAAUAUCCUUCUGGAGAUACGGUCUCCAGUACUGCGUACAAUACUACCAAGUGAGUUCUCACCAGUGUUCUGUACAAUGGCAUGAGCACUUCCCUCUUUCUACUGCGAAUACCUCUCCCUAUACAACCAAGCAUUCUGCUAGCAUUUCCUGCUGCCUACCUUUAAGCCACCAGAAAUAAUAACCCCUAAAUCCUUUCCCUCAGAUGCUGAGGUUAGGACUCUAUCAAAUAUUCUGUACUCUUGCACUUAUCCACAUUAAAUGUCAGUUGCCACAGCUCUGACCAUUUUUAUAGUUUAAAUCAUUUGCCAUUUGGUGUAUCCCUCCUGGAACAUCAACCCUGUUACAUAUCUUAGUAUCAUCAGCAAAAAGACAUACCUUACCAUCAAGACUUUCUGCAAUAUCACUAAAAAAAAUAUUAAAGAGAAUGGGUCCAAGUACAGAUCCCUGAGGUACCCCACUGGUGACAAGCCCAUGCUUCGAUUAUUCAACAAUAUUGGAAUCCAAACCUAAAGAUUGCAAUUUAUUGAUCAGCCUUCUAUAUGCACCAUUGUCAAAAUCCUCACUGAAAUCUAUGUAAGCAAUGUCUACUGCACCACCCUGAUCUAUUAUUUUAGUUAACCAAUCAAAAAAAGCAAUAUGAUUAGUUUGGCAUGAUCUCCCUGAAGUAAUAGAAGUCACAAGAAAAACAUUUUGCCCUCUCUCCUGCUUACCAAUUUCAUACCUCUUUGGGUCAGACUAUUGUAGGUAAUCAGGUUAGGUACUUAACAAUGUACCGCAUGUGCAAGGUUCUCCCUGAUUUGCACUCACCCCUUUAUCCAAAAUAUGGAUGCAAUGAAUAACCGUAGUUCAGUCAUGUAAGCUAUAGUGAUUCUCUCUCUCUCUUUUUUUUUUUUCUUUUUUAAAGAUUCUUUUUUGUUAUAAAGGGUACAGAAAAAAAGAAAGAGGGGCAUGUACAAACAUAAAAUACAUGUAUUUAUAUAUGAAUACAUUAUAAUGUGAAAUCUGUUCAUCUAGACCUGAUAGACGUAUGGAAUAUUGUUACUGUGAAAUACUAG